UGGAUGAGGUGUUGGCAGAACCGGAAGCACAUAUAUACAUGAUAGGCCGCAUCGCAUUCUCGGAGGUACAAGAUGAUAGGAACGCUAACAAAACACACACACGACUUCCUGUAUUCUGUCACCAAGUCAACAACAACUAUCGGCCAAGCAGGAGGUAGAGGCAGGAGGUUCCGCAGUCUAAGCCCUCCAAGUAACUGUGAAAAGCCAUAUAGCGUAAGAGCGAACCUGAGAGUUGGAUACAAACGUUAAGUCUCCUGAUAAAUACUUCAAUGUGGAUUUCUUGUAUGGAUGGUGAUGGGGAGGACUGAAUGAGUGGCUUCGUCAGGAUGGAACCUUCCCCUCAGGCGGUAAGCAGACGGAACACCUCAAGAAACUAGCGUAGGAGGGAGACGACGAGGGAUUCUGAGAAGGAGAUUUCUGUCUGCCUGCACGGGGUAUCAACAUGCGCAUCGAUGUAAAUUAUGUAGCGGCCGUGGGUGGGGGUCUCGUGGCCGGGCUCCUCGUCAUAGGGGUAGCGUGCUUGUGUCACAAGACUCACAGAUCACGCUUUCGCUGUCGCCGCUCAGCCAUCCGCAGUAGUAUCCGGCGGGCCUCCCUCUACUUGUCCAAUACAAACCCCUUUGAGCUGAGCGUUGCCGAGUUGCUCUUCAAUCUCACAGGGGGUACCACCGUCCAGCCACAACAACCUCAGACGGCAAGUUCCACCCUCAACAAGCGGUUAUCCUCGCCUCCCUCCGCUCACAAUGCCGUGUCUACAGACCUACCUCCAUCCCACCCACCGCCUCCACCACCCACACACAAGCUGGCCAGGCGACAACGAUCCGCACUGAGCCAGAGUGCAGCGGAGGAAAGAGUUAAAGUGAGAAGGGAGAGGAAAAACGUGCCUCCUGGUAUGACAAAGGAAGGUCCUGUUGGCGUGUAUCAGUCCAGCACGGAAAUGGUGACGGUGACUCCACGCAGCCGUGCAAAGCCAGGACCAAAGCCUCCGUCCAGGGAAAGCAUCGUCGCAAUGAAGACUACUAUCAGAGAGCACAGAGACCACGCCGCCAUCCACCGGACAGACAUAGGAGUACUAGAACACUCGUCGCGGGGAAAAAGACCCCAUCAUCUCACCAGCCAGCCCGCCCAACACUCUGGUCCUACAUGGCACUCUUCAGGCACUCUUCCCCUCCCAGCCCCUCCUGCUGAGUCUCCUGAUAUCUUCGCUACCUUUAUCAGCACUAUAAAGUCUUCUGGCGAGCUUGGAAAUAACUCCACCCCCAAAUCACACUCCCUGGGCUCUCGUAGCCGCCGGGUUCCGAGAGAAGUUCUGAGGCCUCUGUAGCAUAUACGUCCUGCAAGAGGCUGACGAGGCCGCUGCAGGGGACGGGUCUGGUUGGUUACGUUAGACGCUUCCGCCCCUCACAGCAACUAAUUCCAAGGCCCAAGAAGAUCAGUCGGGUUAUAGGGAGUGUUUUUUUAGGUUCAUGGUAUACAGAAAGGCCAAACGAACAGAAGGGUACCCAUGGAAAGGCCCACAACUCCUACGAAAGCCUUGAGCCUUGUCAGUUGUGUGUGUGCUUGGGCGAUGGAAUGGUCACUAAUAUGGCCGAGGAUGCUGGUGGAGUGUUUUUGAUCGUGAGCCUGUAUUAGGAAACUGCUUUUCACUUUUUUCUUCCUGCGACCCGGCUUUACUUAACUAUUACCCUCACGACCAUUUCUGAAGGAUCCCGACAGUGUUGCGAGCGGCUUGCCUCCCGCAGUGCUCAUCUGGAGAAUUCAAGUUGAUUUUUUUUCUGGUGGUCAUCUUGCUGUACUGUCCUUUACCCGUUAAUUGUUUCAAGUAUCAAUGCUGGAUUAUGAAAUGGUCUGUUUGUAUAUUUUUAGGUCAUCUUAAGGUAAUAUUGAUCGCUAUGGCUGUUGAUAUAUAGUAAAGAUUUUGAUGAUGGACCUUGGCUGAUAUUUGCAAGAGGCUAUACACUAUCAUUAAAACUAUAUUGUAAGACUUGAUAAAUUUACUUUCGGUGCAAUGUAUAUAUGUAAAAAAGAGAUUGGAAGUCUAUAUUAGUCUAUGAU